CACUCACAUACACACUGGACGGACUGGUACAGACUCUAAAAUGCACCUGCACUCUCUGUUUAGCGCAAUGGCUUACUAAAGUGUCGUCCGAGCGCGGAUGCUAUCCGCGAAAAAGAGAGCACCUGUGCGACGUCACUCCGCCCUACUUUACUCAGAACUCCACGAACGAUUUGUACUUCCUCAAACGGCUCAAUCACUGAAGCGAGCAGGCGUCUCAGAGAAAAGUCCGCGUCUUCCGGAGGAGAGGCUGUGCCUGAGGGGUUGCCAUGGCCCCUUUCCUGAGGAUUGCGUUUAAUGCCUAUGAUCUUGGCACAUUCUCGCCAAUGGCUGAGGCACCAUUCUGUGCCGUCAAAAUGAAAGAAGCUCUCAGCACUGACCGAGGAAAAACAUUGAUCCAGAAGAAGCCCACUAUGUAUCCUGCUUGGCGAUCCACUUUUGAUGCACAUAUUUAUGAGGGACGUGUCAUACAAAUACUACUGAUGAGAACUGCAGAGGAACCUUUAGCAGAAGUUACUGUGGGUGUGUCUGUGUUGGCAGAGCGAUGCAAGAAGGCAAAUGGACGUGCAGAGUUUUGGGUUGAUUUGCAGCCUUCAGGGAAGGUUAUGAUGUCUGUACAGUUCUUUUUGGAGGAUACAGAUGCAAAUUGUCGUCAGUCAGUAGUGUCGGAAGAGGAGGCACCAACUCUCAAUCGCCGUCGUGGAGCCAUUAAACAGGCGAAGAUACACUUCAUCAAAAACCAUGAGUUCAUUGCCACCUUCUUCAGACAGCCCACCUUCUGCUCUGUCUGCAGAGAUUUUGUUUGGGGUCUUAACAAGCAAGGUUACAAGUGUAGACAAUGCAAUGCAGCCAUCCACAAGAAGUGUAUUGAUAAAAUUAUUGGAAGGUGCACUGGCACUGCAGCCAAUAGUCGAGACACCAUGUUUCAAAAGGAGCGUUUUAAGAUUGACAUGCCCCAUCGCUUUAAGACCUACAACUACAUGAGCCCCACCUUUUGCGACCAUUGUGGUAGUCUGCUGUGGGGUCUUGUCAAACAGGGCCUCAAAUGCGAGGACUGCUCCAUGAAUGUCCAUCAUAAAUGCCAGACUAAAGUGGCCAACCUGUGUGGCAUCAACCAGAAACUACUGGCAGAGGCUCUUACUCAAGUCUCAACUAAAUCCACUAAGCGACCUGAAAGCAACUCGCAGAGCAACACACAGGAUGUUGGUGUUUACCAGGAUUUUAAUAAAGGUCCUGAUGUUAGUGAUGGGGCUCCUUAUGGCCGUCUGUGGGAGGGUUUGAGUCCUCGUCCCGCGUCUCGAAUCACCCACCAAAUGCGUGUUACUGCUGAGCAUUUCACUUUCCAUAAAGUCCUGGGCAAGGGAAGCUUUGGCAAGGUGCUGUUGGCUGAACUAAAGGGCACUGGUGAAUGGUUUGCAGUGAAGGCGUUAAAGAAAGAUGUGGUGUUGAUGGAUGACGAUGUGGAGUGCACCAUGGUAGAAAAACGAGUGCUGGCUCUCGCCUGGGAUAAUCCGUUUCUUACACACCUCUACUCCACUUUUCAAACCAAGGAGCACUUAUUCUUUGUGAUGGAGUAUCUGAAUGGAGGAGACUUGAUGUUUCAUAUACAAGAAAAGGGGCGUUUUGAUCUGUACAGAGCCACGUUCUAUGGAGCUGAAAUAGUGUGUGGCCUGCAGUUUCUCCAUUCCAAAGGCAUUAUUUACAGGGAUCUCAAGCUGGAUAAUGUGAUGUUAGAUGGAGAAGGUCACAUAAAAAUAGCUGAUUUUGGAAUGUGUAAAGAGAAUGUGUUUGGAGACAAUCGGGCCACAACCUUCUGUGGAACUCCAGAUUAUAUUGCUCCUGAGAUUCUGCUCGGUCAGCAGUACUCGUUUUCAGUAGACUGGUGGUCGUUUGGCGUGCUGGUGUAUGAGAUGCUGAUCGGUCAGUCUCCGUUCCACGGUGACGACGAGGACGAGCUGUUUGAAUCGAUCAGAAUGGACACGCCUCAUUAUCCCCGUUGGAUCACAGUGGACACUCGAGACAUGCUAGAAAGGCUGUUUGAGCGUGACCCAUCACGCCGUUUAGGAAUUGUGGGUAAUAUACGAGGACACCUAUUCUUCAAGACUGUCAACUGGUCUGCUUUAGAAAGGAAAGAAGUUGAGCCCCCCUUCAAACCAAAAGUGAAAGCUCCAAAUGACUGCAGUAACUUUGACCGGGAGUUUUUGAGUGAGAAACCCCGUCUCUCACACUGCGAGAAAGGCCUGAUCGAUUCCAUGGACCAGAGCGCUUUUGCUGGCUUCUCGUUCAUUAAUCCAAAAAUGGAGCAUCUUCUACAAAAGUGACACACUUACAAUGUGGUCAAAAUGAUAAAGAUCUAUUAUGUUCAUG